AUGUCACUCGAAUGUUUAGUUAACCUGUGGCUUGAGGUGGAUAUUAACCCGAAAACAAGAAGCGAAAUCGAACAAUUGAGUAGAGAUGGAAGUACCAAGAAGUUGACUGAGAAGCUUUCCAAGCGAAUCAGUUUUGGAACUGCUGGGUUGCGUUCAGAAAUGACCUCAGGUUUUGCCCACAUGAACGAUGUUACCGUGUUGCAAGCAUCUCAAGGUUUGGUUCAGUAUAUUAAUGACAACUGGAAGACCGAAAGUAGAGGUGAGUGUCCUUCCAUAGUCGUAGGACAUGAUCAUCGUCACCAUUCCAAAAGAUUUGCAGAGCUCGCAGCAAGUGCUGCCCUCUACAAAGGGUUUAAGGUCUACUACUUGGGAUCAACUGAGGAUCUCUCAUCGGAUUCCAUAGAUUUAUCUGCAACUAAGGCUGAUUUUAAAGUCGCUACCAGUGCUGCUGAUGGGGUGUGCCAUACCCCAAUGGUGCCCUUCUCUAUUGAUUACUAUGGAGCUUCGUGUGGGGUAAUGGUUACUGCCUCCCAUAAUCCUGCAAAGGAUAAUGGCUACAAGGUGUACUAUGGAAAUGGGUGUCAAAUUAUUCCACCUCAUGACGAAGGCAUUGCACAUGCUAUAGAUCAAAACUUGGCUCCUUGGGGGAAAGGGUCGGAAAACUCUGUGUACGAUGUAGUGGGACAGUUUUCUAGAGGUUUGGCAUCUGGAAAGUUAUUAUCUGUGUACAAAGAAGCCACAGACCGUUAUGUUGCUAAUGUAGGAGAACUGAUUAUAUCCAAGAAGCUUGAUUUUGACUUUGUCUACACACCAGUUCACGGUGUAGGCUUAUCGAUUUUUGAAAAAGUGUUUGCCCUCUUUGAAGGGGGGGAGUACAUUCUGGUUCCAGAUCAGAGUAAUCCAGAUCCCGACUUUCCCACAGUUUCAUUUCCUAACCCUGAGGAGAAGGGGGCACUUGAUCUCGCUAUCAAGGAAGCUGAUUCCAGAGCAAAUUGUAAUUUGGUUGUGGCCAAUGAUCCAGAUGCCGAUAGAUUCAGCGUUGCCGUGAGAACGAAGACUGGGAAUUGGCAGCAGCUAACUGGUAAUGAAAUUGGUUUCCUCUUUGCGAUGUGGAUAAUAGAGGAGCAGGAGAAACGAGACCCUGAUUCAUUGAAGAAUGUUUACUUGGUUGACUCUACCGUGUCUUCCCAAAUUCUCAAGUCUAUGGCCGAUCAUCAUGGAUUCAAGUUUCAAGAUACUCUUACUGGCUUCAAAUGGAUUGGUAACAAGGCAAUUGACUUGAAGAAUGAAGGGUACUUGGUACCCUUUGGAUACGAAGAAGCUAUUGGGUAUAUGUUUAGCCUGGUCAAUGACAAAGAUGGGAUAGCUGCAGCCGCUAUCUGGUUACAACUCUAUCAGGAGUGGUUCCUGUCGACUACUAAAUACACUUCUCCACUUGAUAAACUUGAAGAGGGAUACCAAAGAUAUGGAUACUUUAAGGAAUGCAAUGGGUACUACAAGUUAGACGAUCUUUCAAAAACCGAUUAUAUAUUCAAUGAAGUGAUCAGAAAGUCCUAUGAUUCUCACGCUCCUGACAAUAUUGGGGCAGAGUUUAAGGUGAACUACUGGAGAGAUUUAACUGUUGGGUAUGAAUCCGGUACCAAGAACAAUGUACCAAUACUUCCAAGCGAUCCCAAAGCUCAAAUGAUCACUAGUGUUCUUAAGCCAACUAAUGGUACAGACGACGAGUAUGUGCGCUUCACCUGUAGGGGAUCCGGAACCGAACCGAAAUUGAAGGUUUACAUUGAAGCCAAAGCACAAAGCGGAGACCGGUCUGUUGAAUUGGCAAGACUAUGCUGGGAUGUAUUGAAGAGGGAAUGGUUUAAACCAGUAGAGAACGGGUUGCAGGAAGUUGUCUAG